CGCUCAUUCUGACCCUCACAUCCUGAGCGGCGAAACACCGUCACCUGCUCCUCCUCUAUUCUCUUCAUUGAACUUUGAGCAGCGCAUUCAUUCAUAGUCAACAGCGAUUAGUGGAGAGAUGACAAGAGGAACCACUCACGAGAGGAAUUCAUUACAAUGACGGUCAUCAGCGGAGGAGACGUACGUGGACACUAGAUCAGUUUGAACAGAGCAGGACACAUAGGGGUUCUGUGUCUUAGGAGGAAGCGAGAGCUAUUUCCAUUCCCUAACAGCUCAAACCAGUGCCAAACGGGAACUGACUGUUUAUUGAAAACAGAUCGUGAGGGCGACUGUUUUAUUUAGUCAAUACAGGAGCAACGAACGGAGAGAAACCUGUAUUGCAGGAGCCAGAGAAGACCACUAAAAGUCCGUCUGAACAAAAGAUUUCAACUAACGGAGAGCUACACUGAAAUUUGGAAGUGGGGUUACACUACCAGGUCUCCGCAUACUAGAAAGCUAGUUGUCUGGCUGGAAACCACCUCGCCUCGGACGCGCUGGGGAAUAGACUCCUGACAUGAGCGACUAACCAUCGACAAACAACAACACACCGGCGGAUAAACCGCACUGAUCCCUGCGAGCGACCACCUGUUUCCAGCGCAGACCAAACGGUGGUGUGAAGUUUGAGAAUCCACAAACAGACCGCCCCAAACUUACCAUGCCUUUGUCCUUCAGUUCAUCUCACCUUUUCCCCUUCUCCUUCAUUUCCUUGAUCCUCCCCGUCCUCCUCCUGUCUUUCUCCAUCCCUUCUCAAGCUGACUCCCAAGAUGUAGCCCAAUCUAAAUCCAACUGUUCUCAAAAUGACGUGUGUGAAGACGGUGUCCUUUUACCAGUGUGGAAUCCCCAGAAUCCCUCAGUUGGUGACAAAGUGGCCCGUGCCAUUGUGUACCUAGUGGCACUAGUCUACAUGUUCUUGGGUAUGUCAAUCAUUGCUGACCGCUUCAUGACUGCCAUCGAAGUUAUAACUUCUCAAGAAAAGGAGAUCACUACAAAGAGACCUAAUGGUGAAACGGUCACCACGACAGUUCGCAUAUGGAAUGAGACUGUCUCCAAUCUGACCCUCAUGGCUCUGGGUUCCUCAGCCCCUGAGAUUUUGCUUUCGGUCAUUGAGGUCUGUGGGCAUAAUUUUGAGGCUGGUGCUCUUGGUCCCAGCACCAUUGUGGGAAGUGCGGCUUUCAACAUGUUCAUGAUCAUUGGCAUCUGUGUCUACGUGGUACCUGAAGGCGAAAGACGGAAGGUCAAACAUCUUCGGGUGUUUUUCGUGACUGCGGCGUGGAGCAUGUUUGCCUAUGUCUGGCUCUAUCUUAUCCUCUCCGUGUUCUCGCCUGGUGAGGUGGAAGUGUGGGAAGCAGUGCUGACAUUCCUCUUCUUUCCUCUCUGCGUGGUCCAGGCCUGGGUUGCUGAUCGACGAUUGCUCUUUUACAAGUAUGCCCACAAGCGGUACCGAACUGAGAAGGGCCGUGGAAUUAUUGUGUCCGAGGGCGGCGAGGAAGUUGGCAAGGAUGCAGGAUUCACAAAGAUGGACAUGCUGGAAACUGAUGGAAUCACGACACAUCUGGAUGGAAUGUUGGGAGUGGAAAGUGGGCAUGGUGGACGUGAUCAAGAGGACGAGGCCAGGAGAGAAAUGGCCAGAUCUCUAAAGGAACUGAAGCAAAGACAUCCUGAAAAGGACAUGGAGCAGCUCAUAGAGAUGGCCAACUAUCAGGUUCUAAUACAGCAGCAGAAGAGCAGAGCUUUCUACCGCAUUCAGGCGACAAGGAUGAUGAUUGGUGCUGGGAACAUCUUAAAGAAACACGCAGCGGAUCAGGCCCGCAAAGUGGUCAGCAGUGGGGAACCUCGGGAGCAGGAGGAUGACCCUCUUGUCACAAGAAUAGACUUUGAACCUGCCCUCUACCAGUGCUUUGAGAACUGUGGGUCUUUAAAACUUACUGUGCAAAGGCAUGGAGGAGAUGCUGGGUGCACUGUUAAGGUGGACUACCACACAGAAGAUGGCACAGCCAAUGCCGGUUCUGACUAUGAAUUUGCUGAGGGCACACUCGUCUUCAAGCCUGGCGACAACAUUAAAGAGAUCACCGUCGGCAUUAUUGAUGAUGACAUCUUUGAGGAAGAUGAAUACUUCUAUGUGCGCCUGAACAAUCCCCGUAUAGUCGGGUGGGCUGAUGGACAUCCUAUUACUAUGGAGACUGGAGCACCUGCUCCUAGCGCAGCCCUUGGUGAGGCCCACACGGCGACCGUGACGAUCUACGAUGACGACCACGCAGGAAUUUUCACAUUCGAAAGCGAGUCGGUGCGAGUUAGCGAAAGCAUCGGCAUCAUGCAGGUUAAGGUCCUGAGGACAUCAGGAGCACGGGGUCUGGUGGCGGUACCGUACCAUACAGUGGAUGCGACAGCUUGCGGAGGGGAAGACUAUGAGGAAGUGUCUGGAAAACUGGAGUUCCAGAACGACGAGACAAUGAAAACAAUCGAGGUGAAGAUUAUAGAUGAUGAAGAGUAUGAAAAGAACAAGACCUUCAGUAUUGAGUUAGGAGAGCCAGUCCUACUAGAGAUUGGACAGAAACAUGGAGACUCUAACGAGAAUAAGACAGAGAUUGGGGCGGAUGAAGAGGAAGUAGCUAAAAUGGGAUGUCCUAGUCUGGGAGAACAUACCAGAUUGGAGGUGGUGAUUGAAGAGUCUUACGAAUUUAAGAGCACAGUGGAUAAGCUCAUUAAGAAGACUAACCUGGCUCUGGUAGUCGGCAGCAGUAGCUGGAGAGAGCAGUUUGUGAGUGCUGUAACUGUGAGUGCAGGUGACGAUGAUGAGGAGGAAAGUGGUGAAGAGCGUCUUCCAUCCUGCUUUGAUUACAUCAUGCACUUCCUCACAGUCUUCUGGAAGGUUCUCUUUGCCUUCGUCCCACCCACAGAGUAUUGGAAUGGAUGGGCAUGCUUCAUUGUGUCCAUCUCUCUGAUUGGUGUCCUGACGGCGGUCACAGGCGAUCUUGCUUCCCACUUUGGGUGCACUGUUGGCCUGAAGGAUUCAGUCACCGCUGUGGUCUUUGUUGCCCUGGGAACGUCUAUCCCAGACACUUUUGCCAGUAAGGUCGCUGCCAUCCAAGACCAGUAUGCAGACGCCUCCAUUGGUAAUGUGACGGGCAGCAACGCUGUCAAUGUUUUCCUGGGCAUCGGUGUGGCGUGGACCAUAGCUGCUGUAUACUGGCGUACCAAGGGCAAACCUUUCCAAGUUGAUCCAGGUUCUCUGGCCUUCUCUGUCACACUCUUCACUGCUUUGGCUGUGGUGUGUGUCAGCGUGCUGAUGUAUCGCCGGCGCCCCUCAGUGGCUGGAGGAGAGCUUGGCGGUCCUCGGACUUGCAAGAUAUUGACGUCCUUACUCUUCAUCUCGCUCUGGCUGAUCUACAUCCUGUUGGCCUCACUGGAAGCGUACUGCCACAUCGCUGGAUUCUGAGGCAACGAGGCCUCAUAUUAUUUCUGUUUGGAGAGGAAUAUAAAUAAUGGCCAGUGAAGGAGCAAUUUUUCUUUGUAUUUAUUAGAUAUUUAUGUUGAAAACUUUUAAUAUGUCUGAUAAGUCAGUUUUUGUAAUCUUCCAUUUUCUUCCAUAAAGGGAUAGUUCACCCAAAAAUAAUAAUUAUGUCAUCAUUCACAGCUUUUAUGUUGUCCCAAAGAACAUAAAAAGUGUUUUUUUUUCUGGAGGGGGGACUAUAUGAAGGUGAGUAAAUGAUCACAGAUUUUCCUCUUUUUUUGUAUGAACUGUCCCUUUAAAUUAGUUAAUGCUGUAUCUUACACAUCAUUCCUUGUUCCCUUGCCUUACACUUGUAUCCGUCUCUCAGUGCUGUCUUAAAUCAAUCCAAAAGAGUAACCAAUGACUCAUGUCUUUUUUGUACUCCUGUUUGAGCCAAUCCGAGCCUUCAGUUACCGAAUGAAGGGGCUUACUUUUUUUGAACUCUUUUUUUUUAUGUUAAGUGUCAGUAUUACUCUUGUGUAACUGUAAUGAUGAUAUUUUAAAAGAUA